AAUCAGCGGAUGCACCUGAAGUCCUCCUGGACUCUGGUGGACACUAUGAACUACGUGGGGCAGCUGGCGGGCCAGGUGCUGGUAACAGUGAAGGAGCUCUAUAAGGGCAUCAACCAGGCCACCCUCUCCGGAUGCAUUGAUGUGAUUGUGGUGCGGCAGCCCGAUGGAACGUUCCAGUGUUCCCCUUUUCAUGUGCGCUUCGGAAAACUGGGCGUCCUCCGCUCCAGGGAGAAAGUGAUUGACAUUGAGAUCAACGGGGAGUCUGUAGAUCUACACAUGAAGCUCGGAGACAACGGGGAAGCCUUCUUUGUCCAGGAAACAGAGCAGCAUAAUGAGAUAGUCCCCGCCCACCUCGUGACUUCGCCCAUCCCUACAGAGGAGGCUCUGUUCAGGAGCAGGGAGUCCAGAGCCGGGGGGUCGGCGGUGGAGGGCGGACAGUCCCAGGGUCCAGAGGAGCUGGCCUCAGGCGCCCACCAGCCUAACUUCAACCCAGCUGGCAAGAAGAAGAAGAGGCGCAGGAGGAAGCACAAAACGGAUGCCCGCAAGGAGGAGCAAGCUGCGCCUGUGGGUGGCGAGCUGGAGGUGUGCGAGCUCAGUUCGGAUGAGGAGCACGGCGUGCAAAAUGGGAGGGCGUCCUCACUGUCUGCAAUGAGGGAUAGUAUCGAGCACAAACAUUCCCCGCUCAACGCCCUGGAGUGGGACAGCUACCCUUUCUCUGACGGAGAAUGGUCCCCUCCCACCAGGGACCUGUCUGAGCCCAUGUCCCCAAAGAGUGACUCUGAGCUGGUGGUGAAGCCAACAGAGAGCAUGCUCAGAGCCGAGUCCCACAUGCAAUGGACUUGGGGGGAGUUCCCAGAAUCCACCAGGGUCAGCAAGAAGGACAGAUCUGAACCAAAGACGCUGACCAUCACUCCAUCAGAGAGUACACAUUUUCGGGUCAUCCUCAGCUCCGAGGCCAUGGCGACCGAGUCAAGGCCGCUGGAGGGACGCGAGGGCUCAGUUUGCUCCAUCGUCAAGCCCGAGCCCCGGACACCAAAACCUGAGCUCACCUGCUCUGCAUCAGGACAACGCCGGCCUGAGCCGAGCCUUUCAAAAGCCGAGCCGUGCCUCAUAAAAUCAGAGCCCUGCGUUUCCAGUCCCACACGCAGAACCAGGUGGACGUCCUCACCACCCUGUCCAAGGGACAGCGGCGCUGCUUCAUUUGAGGCCUUGAAUGCUAACAUGGCAGGAGACACAGCGGGGGUACACCCUGACCCGACAGCCUGCUCCAAAGCCACUGACUCCUCCUCCAAGAGGAGAGGUGUGAGAAAGAGGAGCCAGCAUCAGGGACCAGAGGACAUUUACCUUGAUGACCUGAACGCCCUUGAACCGGAUGUGGUUGCCCGAUACUUCCCUAAAAGCGAGUCCGGGCCGGUUCCUAAGCACUGGGUGGAGGUGGGCAGGCGCUCUGGUUCCCAGUCGCCUCAGUCCGUGGGGAGUGCGGCAGCAGACAGUGGAACAGAGUGUCUGUCGGACUCGGCUGGCGACCUGCCAGACGUCACCCUGUCGCUCUGCGGGGGCGUAGGAGAAAACUCAGAGAUUUCCAAAGAAAAAUUCAUGGAACACAUCAUCACGUACCACGAGUUCGCAGAGAAUCCAGCUAUUAUCGACAAUCCUAAUUUAGUGGUCAGAAUCGCAAACCGGUACUACAACUGGACACUGGCAGCCCCCUUGAUACUUAGUAUGCAGGCUUUUCAGAAGAACUUGCCAAAGGCCACGGAGGAGGCCUGGGUAAAGGAGAAGAUGCCUAAGAAGUCAGGGCGUUGGUGGUUCUGGAGGAAGAGCAGUGUGAAGCAGUCAUCAGAGACCAAAUUAGAGAGACAGGAGUCUCUGAACAGCGAGAGUCCUGCCCUCCACCAGGCUUCAGUGCAACAACAGAAAACAGCAGAGUCCUCCAGCGAUGAUGAGUCUAAAGAACUGAAUGCGGUGGCACCUACUGAGCAUGUGCAGACAGAAGGCCCCGUAACAGGCCCAUGUCCCUCCUACAAGAAGUCCCUCCGCCUCUCAUCUGACCAGAUUGUCAGUCUGCGGCUCAGGGAGGGGCCUAACGACGUCACUUUCAGUAUCACCACCCAGUACCAGGGCACAUGCCGCUGUGAAGGCACCAUAUACUUGUGGAACUGGGAUGACAAAGUCAUCAUCUCUGACAUUGAUGGCACCAUCACCAAGUCAGAUGUGUUUGGUCAGAUUCUUCCUCAGCUUGGUAAAGAUUGGACCCAUCAGGGAAUUGCUAAACUUUACCACUCAGUGCACGAGAAUGGUUACAAAUUCUUGUAUUGCUCAGCUCGAGCGAUUGGCAUGGCUGACAUGACACGAGGUUACCUGCACUGGGUGAACGACCGGGGAACAAUUCUGCCACAAGGACCCCUCAUGUUGUCCCCUAGCAGUCUCUUCUCUGCAUUCCACAGGGAGGUCAUUGAAAAGAAACCUGAGAAGUUCAAGAUCGAAUGCCUCACAGACAUCCGCAACCUGUUCUACCCAAAUACACGUCCCUUCUACGCGGCCUUUGGAAAUAGAGAAAAUGACGUGUUUGCCUACAAGGAAGUGGGUGUGCCUGUGUGCCGUAUAUUCACAGUAAACCCCAAAGGGGAGCUCAUCCUCGAGCAGGCCAAAGGCAACAAGACAUCGUAUAGCCGGCUGAGUGAGCUGGUGGAGCAUGUGUUCCCUUUACGGAGUAAGGAACAGAACGCCACCUUCACUUUCCCGGAGUUCAGCUCUUUCUGCUUUUGGAGACAGCCAAUCGUCGAGGUCUGUCUUGAAGACCUGCUCUGA